AUGGUGCACCACCACUUCACCCUCAGGCGAAGAGUUAAACGCCGCGUUACGUUGCUCCGCCGCUGCAUUAAACGUGUCAUGGAUCGGCUGCUCAUGUCUUGCCUAGGAAAGCCGGUCCGGUACCGGGUGUUGCCAGUUUCCGCCGUUAUGUCUCCGAAUCAAACCCCUUCUUCCACUUUCGCGCCGUCAUCGUCAUCGUCUCCGAAAUCAAGGGAGCUCCUCUGUCGUCCUCACCAUCAAAACAAGAGUACUAGCCGUCGUCAAAACCCUGAAUCCAAGGACGAUUUGGUAGCCUUGAAGAUUAGCCUCUUGGGGGACAGCCAAAUUGGAAAGACUAGCUUUUUGGUAAAGUAUAUAGGGGAUGAUGAGAAGGAAGAAGGAGGAGAGACAGAGGCGACAGGAUUAAAUUUGAUGGACAAGACAUUGAUGGUCAGCGGUGCGCGUAUUUCCUAUAGUAUUUGGGAAGUUGGAGGUGAUUUAAAAUCCCAGGAUAAUAUUCCGGUUGCUUGCAAGGACUCUGUAGCUAUUUUGUUCAUGUUUGAUUUAACAAGCCGGUGUACGCUAAAUAGUGUCAUAACAUGGUAUCACCAAGCAAGGAAGUGGAAUCAGGCGGCAAUCCCAAUAUUAAUUGGAACCAAGUUUGAUGAUUUCAUCCAACUCCCCAUUGAUUUGCAAUGGACAAUUGCAAGUCAGGCAAGAGCAUAUGCAAAGGCCCUCAACGCAACACUUUUCUUUUCGAGUGCAACUUACAACAUAAACGUGAACAAAAUCUUCAAAUUCAUAACGGCCAAGCUCUUCGACUUGCCAUGGACCGUGGAGCGCAAUCUCACCGUUGGAGAGCCUAUUAUUGAUUUCUAG